ACGCUGGGAACAGGUCACCAUGGCGGCCCGUGUCCUCUCGGCCUGCGCCCGCCGCCUGCUGCCCCGGGCGGGCCCCGCCGCGCUCCGCUCGCUCUCCCGCUGCCUCCCGCGGGCCCCAACGGCCCCGCCCGCGCUGCUGCCGCUGCCGCAGGUGCCGCGGGCGCUGCCGCCCUGCCGCCGGUACUCCGAGCUGCCCCCCCUCACCCUGGACGACAUCAAGGAGCGCGUCCUCUACGUCCUCAAGCUGUACGACAAGAUCGACCCCGAGAAGCUCACAGUAGAGUCCCACUUCAUGAAGGACCUGGGCUUGGACAGCUUGGACCAAGUGGAGAUCAUCAUGGCCAUGGAGGACGAGUUCGGAUUUGAAAUCCCCGAUGGAGACGCCGAGAAGUUAAUGUGUCCACAGGAGAUUGUAGAUUACAUUGCAGAUAAGAAGGAUGUUUAUGAAUAAAACCAGUUCUCCAGAGCUGAGAGCUGUCUCAUGGCCAGAACCGGGCUGGGGGCAGCACAGGAACGUGCACGCACAGGCCAUGCUGCUGCUGCUUUCAUCGGAACCUUGUACUUGGACGUUGUAUUUAAAUCUGUCUCAAUCUGUUAUCCUUUAAAAACGAGGAAAAAAAGGAAUAAAUACACAAGACCA